UGAUGAUUUUCUUUUCAGUGUCCAUGAGCUCAGAAUGAUAGGAUGGAGGGAGGGGGCCUCCCCCAGUUGCCAGACACUGUUCUCCUUGAAGUCUUCCUGAAGCUGGAACAUCAAGACGUCCUCGCAGCUGGCACCACAUGCAGGCAGUGGUAUGGGGUGUCCCGCGACGAAUUUCUCUGGAAGGACCUCUUUUAUCGUUACUACAAUGUGAAUCGCUCAGUGCCUCGUCACCCAGCUGCAGUUUCAUGGCUGGGUGAAUUUCAGAGACUAUACGACACAAUUCCAUGUGUGGAAGUGGAGACCUUGAAGGAACAUCGUGACCAAGUCUUACAUGUCAGUUUCUCUCACAAUGGCUACUUAUUUGGAUCCUGUUCCAAGGACUGUUUUGUCAAGGUGUGGAGCAAUGAUUUGGAGAUUUCAGUGUUGCACAGUGCCAAUAUGCGCCCCUACAAUUGGAGCUAUACCCAGUUCUCCCAGUUCAAUGCUGAGGACACCCUCCUCCUUGUCUCUGGAGUCUACAUUGGGCCUCACAGCUCAUCGUCUGGUGAAAUCGCGGUCUUCAGUCUAGAUGACUUCACCUUGCUGUCCAGAGUGAGGAAUAAACCCUAUGAUGUCUUUGGUUGUUGGUUAAAUGAAACACAUCUGAUCUCUGGGAAUCUACACUGGAUUGGGAAUAUGACGUCCUGCUCAGUGUUGUGGUUAAACAAGGCCUACCAAGAUAUCGAAUCGGAGAAUAUAAACGUGGUGAAGAGGCUGUUUCAGCUACAGAAUCUGAACGCCAGCACCAUUCGAACUGUCAUGGUGGCAGACUGCAGCCGCCACAACACUCCCGACCUGCUGCUGGGCUCCGAGGAGCAGCCGAGUGACUCCAGCCCCCAAGUGUUUGACCUGGGCAGUGACAGCGAGGACGAGGUGUGCACCAGAGCAAAGCACAGGAGUGAGAGCCCAGGAGAGGUCAUGGUCAGCAGCCAGGAUGGCGAACAGAGAGAUGGGAAUGUAUUCUCCGAUGGGGAGCAGCCCCUAAUGGAUGAAAAACAAAUUGAAGCAAGGGUGGCAAAACUUUUUCUACAGGCCAAAACGAAGCCAGCAGACAUGAGUCUCCUGUCGGAACAGCAGACAAAUCCAGACAAAAAGUACUUGAUCUUCACCACAGGAAGCCUUACAUAUACUCCCCAUCAAAUAGGUAGCUACCAACUCCCGCGGCGAGCUCUUGGUCACCAGUACGGGUUUUGGUGGUGUGAUGGUAUUAAACAAAUUUUGCCUCAACAUAUGACGACAUCAGGACCUGUGUUAGGAGAAGAACGAAGCUCCAACGAGUUCUUUGAUGCAUUGGACUACACGAUUGAUGUCCACGGUCACAUCAUAGGCAUGGGUCUGUCUCCAGAUCACAGGUAUUUAUACGUGAACAGUCGAGCCUGGCCCAAAGGCUGUAUCAUCAGUGAUCCGAUGAACCCUCCACCCAUUGCCGAGGAGAUUGAUAUCCAUGUGUUUGACUUGAAGACAAUGCGGGAAAUCACUCAGACUCUGAGGGCACACACCGCCUACACCCCCAAUGAUGAGUGCUUCUUCAUCUUCCUGGAUGUCAGCAGAGAUUACGUUGCCAGUGGUGCUGAGGACCGGCAUGGCUACAUCUGGGACAGACACUACAACAUCUGCUUGGCCAAGCUGCAGCACGAUGAUGUGGUGAACUCUGUUGCCUUCAGUCCCGUGGACCAGGAGAUGUUGAUCACGGCCAGUGACGACUGCACCUUGAAGGUUUGGCGCUCGCCCCGCGUCCUCCGCAUUGUCAGCAGCAAACCCAAUCGCAAGAAACUCUCUUUCUUCUGGCUGAGUAAGAAAUGACUUUGGUAGAUCUCAACUGGCUGUGUUCUCGCUCAGUCUGUCCAGUAUUGGAAUUCCUGCCUUCAGGAAAUGUGCAAGUGGAGGGGAGAAUGUUCAAUCGUGUGUUUAUUUGACUGUGAGUAUCCUCCUUGUCCCUCUAUUUGUGUUUGCUCACACGUUUGGGUGAUAUGACCCAGGUUACAGCUGAUUCACCUCCAGUUCCUUGUUUGGUGAGUUGGCUCAGCCUCACAGAAUUGUGCCACCAAUUCAGUGAGUAACCAUCAGCUGCCAAACCCUCAUCCAACACUGAGCUAAACGUUCACCUCAUGCACUAUCACAGACAACACAACCACCCUGAUUUCUUGGGCUGGGGCUUCUUCCUUAGGGCUACAACUCUGCUUUUAAAAUUGACUUUGCCUUGUUGUAAUUCUAAUAUAAAAAUCUUUAUAUUCUCUAUCCGUGAACAGAUUCAGGAAGACAUUUUCUCACGUGGUUUAAAGUUGCUGUGACAACGUCAAAGCUAUGGGUUGGUUACUGAACCGGGUCUGUUUAUUUGAUUGAGACACAGACCUGUCUGCCAAGCUCAGUUUCCACCUUGGAGAAUUUGUUAAUGUAGAUGGUGAGAGUUUAUGUGUUGUCCCUUGUGUCUAAAGAAGCUUAUAGCACCAGAAUGAUUGUGGUACCAACUGAGCAAGUUAAUGAUCAGACCAGAGCAAAGUAGCAAAAUCAAGAUUUUUGGCAAUUUGAGAAUCUACAUUGAAAUUAAAUUUUCAUUAAACAGUAGGUGCUCCCCUGAGACUUGUGGCUGUUCAUUCAUUUAGUUUGUUCAACAUUAACAUAGGUUUAUUUUUCAAGAUCCAAUAUUCAUCAAAGAAUAGUGUGGUAGUGAGCUAAGGCCAGGCCAAGGAGUCUACUCCUUUCUAUAAUAGCAAUCUAACAGCUUCACAGUCACUUCUAACAACAUUAAAAAUAACAGCUGGGACAGAAAUAUGUCAUCCUUGUCCACUCUGGCCUCUGUGUGACUAGUCCCACAGCAUCCUGCUUCAAUGUCAGCUGUUCAUCACUCAGCUAUGAUCUAUAUAGCAACAAGUCAAAUAUAAUUAACCAGGAUAGCCAAUCCCAGACAUACUGAUCCUCAGAAUAAACUUCAAUGACCUCACUACAGUAAAUUCUGAACAAGAACUAAAAUUAAAAUUAAAAACAGUAAAAGUUGAUGAACUGACAACACUAACUCCUGAUCUACGAGCAGUCACCUUCUCCAGGUAAGUGGGAAUGAUUUGUAAAUGACAGCAACACUUACACCUGAUGUCACUGUAGUAACACCACACUAAACCCACCAACUAUUUUUAAGAAGUUAGCUAGUGUUCCUGAAGUGAUGAAAGGGAACAGGAAGCCUGGGCAAUUUCCGUUCAUAGACUGGACCUCAUCCGUUGGUCUGUUAAGCAAAUGGAAGAUGUUCAGCUGAAAUAGCAGAAGUUACUAUUACUCCUUUUUAAUCAAUCUGCCAUUUAAGUUGAAAUAGCACAUUCUCUUAGAGUGCACCAAUGUUUCCCAAGCACAGACAAUGCCUGAUCAGACAAAAAUUAUGAGUAAUUACACUUCUCGCAGCCAUGAAUGAAGUGAGAAAUUCCAGUUUAACUUCCUGUUGCCUUAAAGAGCACCUGAAAAUUCUUAGCAACUGUUGUUCUCGACUAUAUUUUAAACUCCAACCACCAACCCAAAAAAGUCAUUGACCCAGGUUCUUAGUCCCAGCCAUGCAUUGCAUGUAGCACAAUGUUCUGUAUGAAGUGAAAAAUAAAUACUUGCAUUGUUAAAAACAA